UGAGAACGAUAGUAAUUAAUCGAAAAUAUUUGAAAAACUACACACUAAAAGUUCGUGAGAAAUAAUAUUUAGUACAACAUAAUUAUUCACAUCCUCAAAAUAUAAAAUUUAGUCUAUGAUAUGGGAGUAAAAAUCGAAAGCAGUGAAAUUAUAAUUAUUAGAUUUAUUAUUUAUUAUCUAAUGUUAAGUGCAAGCUGUGAUAUUAAAUUAAUUACCUGUGAUAUUCAUCAUAUGAUACAAAGCUACUACAACAAUAGUCGGAAUAAUACUGGCGAUGGUGUUAUGGAUAUCGACACGACUAAAGAUUUCAAGAUUAAUGCUACAGAAUUAGAGCAGCACAUAAUGAAUGGAUUAAACAUGAAAACAAAGCCGGACGUUAAUCUGGCAAACAUUAGUCAGGAAGAGUACUUUACCAAAUAUAAAGAAUAUUUGAAUAAAGUAAAUUCCCGUAAGAAGAGAUCCACAAAAUUAUAUGGUGAUGAUAUCACACGGACUGUAUUCGACGAUGACGACGAGGACAGUGAAACGCUUAAGAAAAUAUUUACCUUCCAAUAUUCGAAUCAAUCGAAUAAUGUUGGAAGUAAACGAAGACGUCGUUCAACACUAGAUGAAGAUGUUACAUCACUAAGCUUUGAAAUUAAAGAUAAGAAAGAUCUUCCGACGAUGGUAGAGGAAGCAAUAUUAAAUGUGUUCUUGACAAAUAGCAUUAACUUCAUAACAACGUCAGCAAACUCAAAAGCAGACACAGAAACUGAAAGUGAUUAUGAUGAUAGUAGUUCGUCGAGUCACGACAUUUCACCAAAAAAGUUCACACUCAAGUCAAAUAGUAAAAAUUCAAAUAAAUCUCAUCAAGUUCAUAUAAGACAUUCAGAGUCAAAUAAAAAGCAACACUCGAAUAGAAAUAAAAUUCAAUUUAUUCCCAAUACACAGACGGUACGAUUGCAUGUGUAUCAACAUGAGCCACAAAACGGUAGAAUAUUUUUAUUUCACAAAGAUAUCGCAUUACCAAUAAAUUCCAAUUCCGAUGACAAGAAGUUCGCUUACAAUAAAUGGGUACAGUUGGAUCUGACCUCGAUCGUGAGGACAUGGAUUCAGGGAAGUGAUAAGGAAUUGAAUAUUGAUGUCCAUUGUGAACAGUGCUCAAAGUAUGGCAUUUACAUUGUCAAUGAAGCUAGUCAAAGCAACAAACGUUUGGAUGAAUCUACAAAUAAUCCUGCAUUGAAUGUUAUUGGUGCAAUUGUUAGAUCAAAAAGGAAGACACAAAAUAAUAAAAGAAAAAAUAAUAAUCAAGACGCCAAAGAGAAUCAAAAGCACAAAAAGACUCAUUGUCGACAUAAUGGCGAAAAGAAAUGCUGUCGACAUAAAUGGACAAUCGACUUUAAAGAGCUUGGUGGAUAUGAGUAUAUAAUUCAGCCAAGACACUUCGAUGCAGGCUUUUGUGAUGGUACGUGUCCAUUCAGGCACAAUAUGGGAAGUAAUCAUGCGUACUUCCAAUCAUUAGCGCAUCAUCAGCUUAAGAAGGAUGAUGUACCGAAUGUUUGUUGUGCACCAACACGCUUACAGGAUCUCGAAAUUCUACACAUUGAUGAAAAUGAUCAUACGAAAUUAAAAGUUACAACAAUGAAAAAGAUGCGAGCUAUGAAAUGCUCGUGCACGUAAGGGUGACAUCUACAUCACUUAUGAAUAGCCCAAAAAAAAUAAAUUUUCUCAUAAAUCAGGCAAAACAAUUCAUAAUAAGUUCCUAAUCAUCAAUUUAAUUUAUUUGUUAUUAUUUAAAAUUUGUAUUUCCAUGCAGCCCAAAUGUUUUUGGCUAGCAAAACUCAAUUUCAUGUAGAUUAUUAUAAUUUUUAUUUACCAAACAAUACAAAUGAAAAUAUGAGUGAAUCGGUUGCCAUGUUGAGCACAAUCAAAUGCCAAAUUGUAGAAUAUUCGGAAAGGAUAUGAAUUUGCCUGUUGGAUAUAUUCUAAAUUAAUCAUGCAAAUUAUUUGUCUACAUAAUCAAUUAGUCAAAAUUGAUUCAUUUCAAAUGAAGCAUUUAACAGUCAAUAAAAUUAAAGUUUGCUCAUAAAUAUUCAGUAUCAGUUCUUUAGAAUUCCAAUUCAUGAAAUGUAAAUAAUCUGAUAGCAUUGGUAUUUAUAUUGAUUUGGAUCAAUGCUGUUUUCUAUUUGAGUAAAGAAAUUUGAUAUGUAUUGAACUUUUGCAGAAUGUUUUAACAAAAGUUAAGACAAAUCGGAAAACAAUGCUCCUGCAAAUCAAAUUCGGGGCCGUUCACUUAUGACGUCCAAGGGGGGGGGGGGGGGGGUGGUCAGCAAGACAAGAACAAUAGAAAUUCCUGGAAAUCCAUUAUUCUCUUUUGAAAAUUUUUUGAUCCCUUAUACAUUCUGGAAUCUUUUAGUAUCUCCAGGAAUCACUCUAGUAUUGCAUACUAAAUGAAAAGUUUUCACAAAAACAACCAAUGUUGUUUAGUAACAAACAAUCAAUUCCUAAUUCAGCCUAAUCCUUUAAUUCUAAAGCAUCAAGAGAUUUCCCAUGCCACAAUAAUCUUAAAAGUAAUUUAAACUCCUCGAUGUCAGACACAGAAGCCUUAAAUUUUUUUUUUUUAAAAAAGAAGCUUUAUUUAUUCAUUGUCUGAGCAAAGCUUUUUCUUUUAGGCUGUAAUGGAUUAAGUAAAAAUUCAUAUUUUGGACGUCAAUUGCCUUAAAGUCAUUUACAUUUAUGCCUUAAGAAAUUUCGUCGAGCAAGACUUUAAGUUAUUUUCUGAAACAAUGUAGAAAGCCGAUUUGAAAACUUCAGUCAAUUUAAAUCUUCCAGAAGUCAAUUAAUGAAUAUAAAAUAGUUUAUAGCUUUAAAAUCUUAACUCAAAAGCUUGAUAUCAACUCUGAAUUAACAAAAAAUAAUCUAUUAAAUUCUGUCGAAAUUAUUUUAUGAAAAUAUCUUAAAAUCAUCCAAAUUGAAUCAACCAUAAAAAAAAUCUUUAAGGUUCAUUGUUAACAUUAGGUUACAUACUACAGCAGUCAAUGAAUCUACACAUAUGAAAAAAAUGCACCAUGUCUGCUACAUGUAAUAAAUCUUUUGAUAAAGGUGCUCUUGAAAAGUACAAUAAGAGAUCAAGUGAACAAUGUUGACUUCCAAAAAAAUUGACAAAUCACCCAGCAACCAAAAUUUAAAUUUUUAUGAAUUAAUGGCUUGUCUGGUUGCUGAUGGUUAGAAUGCUGUCAAAAAAUAUUACAAAAAUGAAAAAUUAUGAAAAUGAGAAAACAUGAAAAUGAAAGAAAUUUGUAUAAUCAGGAAUAAAAAUAAGUUAAGUGACACUAAGAAGAAUGUUAAAGUAUUCAAAAUUACCAUAAGUAGAUAGGCAAACUAGAAUAAGCUUCCAUAGCUAGAAUAUUAUUAACAAAAUCAGUAGAAUAGACUAGAUUCAUAAGUUUACUCCAUAAGAUAAUUUAACAUAUGUCUUGAAAUUACAGAUGGAUAUGAUAAGAAAUUGUAAUUUUAAUAAAUUUAGCAUUUAAGGAAUCAGAAGAAGCUCGAACACAUUUUUUUGUUAUGUAUUUUUUAGUUUCAUAAAUCAAAUUAUAAAUGAAAAAUUUUCUCUCAAUAA